AUGCCGCGCAACCCCAUGGUGCGGCUCCCCCAGGACGAGGGCAGCGAGUCCGGCGUGGAGCUGCUCGACGUCAACGACGACGAGCCCGAGGGCGGCGCGAACGGCUUCCACCACGCCGCCGGCGUGCACAAGCCGCCGGCGCCGCGGGGCAAGCGCCACGCCUUCGUCGGCGGCGUCAUCGCGCUCACCGUCGUCGCCGUCAUCUUCUUCACGGCCAUCGGCGCGCGCCACGGCCCGCCGGACGGCGACGACGGGCUCGCGGCGACGCUCGACCGCGUCGGCGCGGCGCUCGAACGGCUCGCCGCCGCGGGCGGCGACGACGACUUCCUCGGCGCGCUCCUCGCGGGCAUGGAGAGCGCGUCCGACGCCUGCGACGACAAGUACUACCCCAACGGCACGGCGCCGCCGGCGGACAAAUUCGGCGUCUACGCCGACUACGACGCCGACGAGCUCGUGCUCGCGGUGCCCGACGCCCUGCUCGGCAAGCCGUUCACGGUCAUCGCGACGACGACGCGCGUCACGGGCGAGGACGCGGGCCUCAUGCACUACGGCGUCGGGACCGACGACUCCUUCUUCGCGUUCCGCCGCGCCGCGCACGCGAAGGAGGUCCACGUCACGCGGCCGGAGCUCUCGGUGCGGGAAGCCACCGCGCGCUACGACGCGGGCGCGCGCGACGGCCUCGGGGACGUCGGCUGGUCGUCGUCGCUGCCUCUGGCCGUGGAGGGCGGCUGCGGCAACGCGACGAUGUUGUCGGUGUUCGACUGGGUCGUGCUCGAAGGUCUGUCGGUCGUCGACGUCUUCAGCUACUGCCUCAGCGGCGAGCUCCGGCUCAAGCGCGCGGCGGCCUUCGAGCGCAACGUCCAGUUCGUCGUCGCCUGCUCGAACUGGGACAACUACGACGUCUACGAGGAGGACGCGAACGCCGUCGAGAUCGCGUAUUCCUUGGCGCUGCUCCCGGACGAGCCGAUGCCGAUCCGCCGCGGCGACGACCGCGUGGGCUUCUUCGGCUCGACGUACACGCAGCUCGGCCCCCUGCCGAAAGCGCUCUUGGACGACGACGGGACGGCGUCGCGCGUGCUCGAGGACGACGCGGACACGCGGAUAAAUUUCAUCCACAAGCGGCGGCUGGACAAGUCCGACGACUGCGCGAAGGAUCUGUGCAAGCCCCGGGUCCCCAUCACCUACCACCUGGACCCGUCGAUCCCCGCGCCCCUCUGGGACGUCAUCGCCGACGGCGUGCUCGCGUGGAACCCGGCCUUCGAGGCGCUCGGCUUCGCGGACGCGAUCGUCGUGAAGCGGCCGACGGACGCGGACUGGCCGGACGACUACGACCCCGGCGACGUGCGCUUCAGCUCCGUGUCCUGGCUGCCCUACCCGUCGCUGGGUUUGGCGAUCGGGCCGUCCGUCGUCGACGCUCGCUCCGGCGAGAUCCUCUACGCGAACAUCGUCUUCGGCGAGGGGUGGGUCCGCGCGUUCUCCGGGAGCUGGCUCGACGCCGCGGAGCUCGCGCCGAAGAGCGGCCGCCGGCGGCGCGCCGUCGACGACCGCGACCACGGCCACGGCCGCCGGCAGCGCGCCUUCGACGACCACGAUCACCACGACCACGGCCGCCGGCGGCGCGCCGUCGACGACCGCGGCCACGACCGCGGCCGCCGGCAGCGCGCCUUCGACGACCACGAUCACCACGACCACGGCGACGGCCGCUGCAGCUGCCACCAGUCCGCGAGCGCGGCGCUCGGCGGCUUGGACCUGGCGACGAUGGGACGGGACCUCAAGGACGCGACCGUGUCGUCCGUCGAGUUCUUGGAGGCGGGGCUCCGGGACGUCGUCGCCCACGAGGUGGGCCACACGCUCGGCCUGCGCCACAACUUCAAGGCGUCGGCGCUCUACAGCAACGCGGAGAUCCACGCGGCGUCGGCCGAGAGCCGGCGCGUCGCGUCGUCGGUCAUGGACUACAUCGGCCCGUCCGUCGCCCUGGACGCGAGGAGCCAGGGCGCCUACUUCAUGGAGGGCGUCGGCGUCUACGACGCCUUCUGCAUGGCCUACGGCUACACGGUCCUCGAGGGCACGCCCGACGAGCAGCACGCGCAAUUAUUGGCGAUCGCGGCGCGCGCGGACGGCGACCGGACGCUCGCGCGGCUCGACGACGGCGACGCGGACGUGUCCAACGACCCCCUGGCCCGGCGCUACGACCUGACGAGCGACGCGACGGAGUGGUGCGAGACCCAGGCGUCGCUGACGACCAACCUGCUCCGGCGGCUCGACGACGACGACGCCUUGCCGCCCGCUAGAGAAGCCCAGCUCUCGACGGCCUGGAGCCGGCGCUACGAGUACUACUACGCCGCCGCGGGGCGGGCGCUGCGGGUCUGGUGGUCCCAGUGCGGCAGCCACCUGCCGAACUACGUGCGGGGCUUGACCCUCGACCGCACGGAUCGGGACGAACUGUCGAAGCCCGUCGAUCGCGGGACGCGCGAGCGCGCGCUCCACCUGCUAUCCACGGCGCUCCGGUCGCCGGACCUCGCCGUGCCGCCGCGGCGCUUGCUCGCGCGGGCGGCGACCUUCGCCGACGCGUCCUACAAGUGGGGGCUCGCCUCGGACUACGACGCGUGGCUCCAGGUCGCGCACGACCGCCGCGUGGCCGUCAUCGACGAGCUCCUCGACUUCGAGUCGCUCCGCUGGUACGACACGCUCGGCUGGCUCGAGGAGGGCGCGGCGCGGCGCGCGCCGCGCUUCGACUCGGCGUACGUGCUCGCGAACCUGACGGACGCGUUGCUCGCGACGGCCGCGGCGGACGAGGGUCUCCUGCCGGAGGCGCUCGCCGCGGCCUGGCUCGAGAAGCUCCGCAUCCUCCACGCGGACACGGCGAACGCGACGACGUUGAUGAAGGCGAUCGCCGAGCGCGCGGGCGACCCGUCCUACGAGAGAGACCCGCCGCCCGUGAACCACGUCCGCGUCCGCGCGGCCGCGCGCGGCGCGCUGGCGCGGGCGCUGGCGCUCAUCGGCGGCUCCGAGCGGCUGUUCCUGGCCGAGGAGGCCGACAAGAUCCGCGCGGUGCUGUAA